AUGAGUUUAACAAAUAGUUCUAAUGAAGAACAAAUACGUAUUCUUGUUUUAAAUGAAGGAGAAGAUAAAAGUGAAGAAUUAUAUCGAUUAAAAAAAGGUUGGAAUCUUCAAAUAAAAAUUUCUUCUUGUUUAUCAUGGAGAAAAGUUCGAUUAUUUACAAAUAGUUGUCUAAAUGAAGAAGAUCAAUUUGAACGAACUAUUUAUCGAGAAUUAAAAUGGAUUUAUCCAUCAAAUGGAAAAUAUGAUGAUUCAGAUCGUUAUACCAAUUUAUCAUGUUUCAAAUCUGGUUCGUUUCAUUAUUAUUUUACUAUUGAUGGUACAACAUCUAAAGAUAAUUUAAAUGGUCAAGGUUAUUUUCAUGUUGAACCCUAUUUAAUUUGGCCAGAUGGAAGUAGUGAAGUAUUAGAACAAGAAUGUAUAGCAUGUCAAACAGUAUUAUCAAAAUCGUUAGGUCCAUUAUCUGAAUGGACAUCACGUCUUGAAGUGACACAUCAUUCUGGUUAUAAUAUGAUACAUUUUACACCAGUACAAAUACUUAAUUGUAUAUCAAAUUCAUCAUAUUCAGUAAGUGAUCAUCAUAAGUUAAAUCCAUUAUUUCAAGGAACAUAUGAAGAAUUAAAACUAUUAAUUGAUAAUAUGGCUAAACAAUGGAGAAUAUUAUCAAUAACUGAUCUUGUUUAUAAUCAUGCAGCAAAUGAUUGUGAAUUACUUAAACAACAUCCUGAAGCUGCUUAUAAUUUAAUUAAUUCGCCACAUUUAAAACCAGCUGUUCUGCUUGAUUCAAUUCUUAUGCAAUUUAAUUGUGAUGCAAAUGAAGGAAAACUUCUAUCCAAAGGUAUUCCAGCAAAAAUCCAAGAACACCAUUUACAAUUAAUUCGUCAUUAUUUACUUGAUGAAAAAUUAAUUGAAUAG